AGUUUGAUGGGGCAUCGGGCGGAUGACAGCGGGAACGGUUGUGAUCACCGGUGGAAUCCUAGCGACAGUGAUCCUGCUGUGUAUCAUUGCAGUCCUGUGCUACUGCCGACUCCAGUAUUACUGCUGCAAGAAGAGCGGAGCCGAGGAUGCCGACGAGGAAGAGGAGCAGCACGACUUCCCCACGCACCCCAGAGGCCCCACCUGCAAUGCCUGCAGCUCCCAAGCCCUGGACGGCCGAGGCAGCCUGGUGCCUCUCGCCAGCGAACCCUUCGGCCAGCCGUGUGGUGCGGCGGGCAGCCACUGUACCACCUGCUCCCCAUACAGUUCCCCCUUUUACAUACGGACGGCUGACAUGGUGCCCAAUGGGGGAGGGAGCGAGAGGCUCCCCUUCACCCCCACAUAUUACAAAGAAGGGGGGCCCCCACCCCUCAAAAUGGCAGUGCCGCAGAGUUACCCGGUGACCUGGCCCAGCUCUGGGCAUGAGGCCUUCACCACUCCAAGGGCUAUUAGUACAGACGUGUAA